CACCCUUCUGGGCAAAGUAGCACCGUGGUCUCCACUACAUCUGCUCGUCUUCCAGCUACCCCUCGCCGUGGGUUAAUCCAAGUCACCACACAAAGAGUUGUGCAACAUCCUCAGUUGCCGAAGCCGGAUCCCAGCCGGCCUGCCAUGCUCCCUGCUUCCAGUCCACCUUGCCCCCGUCUUGGAAGCACCUGCCACCAGCUCUUGCCCAACAAGACCUUUCUGCACUGGGGGGAACUUGAGCAGACCCUGAGUUUUGCCUGGGCACUGCACGUCUACGGGGCUGGAGUCCUUUGUCUCCUGCUAAGCCUGUUGAGCUUGGCAUGCCUGGGGGUAUCCUUUUCUUUGCACAGGUCACAGCUCCCCUAUGUCUUGGCUUCCAGUGGCCUGCUCCUGGUGUUUGGCGUCCUGCGGGCCACGUUCUUCCUGGCUGACCCCUAUGGCUCUCUAGGUCGGCUGCCUGCCCGUGCUCUGCGACUGCUAUACACUGCCCCUUUCCCUCUGCUGAUGAGCACCUUCACGAUGCUUCUGCUCCGCCUGGUUCAUCAGGCCCGGCUGCAGAUCUUGCCCCCCAGAUGGCAGAGCUUGCCAUUUUGGGCUGCGCUGAGCUCCCUACACAGCAUCGUUCUCUUGGGGGCUGACUUGUUGUCCCCUCCCAUGCACUCAGCUGUGUCUGUGGGACUCCACACCCUUUCCUGUACUGCCAGUCUCUGUCUCCUGCCAGCCACCGUGUUUGUGUACUGGCUACUGCGGCACAGCCGGGGGAUGGAGGGUACCCUGGAGCCAGGCAUAUGGCGGGAAGCCUGGGUGUUAUUGGCAAGCAGUGGGUUGGUUCUGCCAUGCUGUGUCCUGCAGUUCUAUGGGGUACUGUGGCUCUCAGGGGCAUUGGGACAGCCGGACAUUUUCACCUGGGGCUGGUGGUUUGUGCAAUUCUGGUUCCGGAUUGGCGAACUGGCACUCUCCUUUAUCCUGGUCUCGCUGGCUUGGCAGGCACUUUGCCAGCAUCACGACACCACUGAGCAUUCUUGCUGGGCCAAGCUCCUGAGCUACUUCUGCGCCUACCGCAAGGCUGAGGUGCCAGAGUACCCCAACAAUUGCUACGACUGGCCUGGCGUGGUCCUGGAGAAGAUACCCAGUCACAACCUCAAUAAUAACUUGAUCCGGAACUCCUCAGCUGGUGGGCUACUCUGGGCACUCAAGGACAGCAAUGACCUGCGAGCAGGACCCGGGCAAGGUGCUAGCCCCUCUCCCAGGGGUGCGGGCUACAGCCCCAAAUGCCCCAAUGUGGCUGUGGCAGCAGCAAUGGGCCGCUCUUACACCAGCAUCUGUUUUGAGCGGGAGUCAGUCCUCUCAUUGGCAGACCUGGAGUUCCGCCCACCCUCGCCCAUCAACCUGAGCCGCAGCAUCGACGAAGCGCUCUUCCGCGAGCACUUGGUGCGCGAUUCCAUAUUCCUGCGCUCUAGCCUGCGUUUCCCGGCACGCCAGGACUCCUGUGCCUCGCUGCGUGGUGACUGCUCCACGCUCUCACAUGCAGCCCAGCCCCUGCUGGCCCACCCCCGUCGAAGCAGCGAUCCCGAUUGCCUGUAUAGCUUAGCGCGGACCAGCUCAGUGGGCGAUCUCGUCGGCCGAGGCCUGGCCAGUGAGCCCGCCACAGACACAUCCCUGGGCAGCUUCUCGCGCACCUCCUUCUCCCGAGCAUCCCUGAAAAUCAGCUGGAACCCCUGGCGCCAUGGGGUGUCCUCUCCCGAAAGCCUGCCCUCAGAGGAGCUGCCCAACCAACAGACCCAGGCGCAGGCAGAGGAUCUCCCGCUGGCGCCACCCAGCAGCGCGCCAAACUCCGAACGGGAGGCCCGGAAGAGCUUUCUGGCACUCAGCAAACAAGUGGAUUCCCGCAGCCUCUCAAGUGACACUAUUGAAUUGUAAGAUGGGACGGGAGCUAAAAACCUGUCCACUAUCAGGAAUGAGAAGCUUGGGUAUGGGGCUCAGAGCAAUUUUAUUCCUUUUUUAAAAGCUGAGGAGCUUUCUGCAGCCCCAACCAUUUGUGAAAUGGACCCACAGAAGGUGCCAAGCCUCCCUUGUAGUGUCCACCACGUAAUAAUGAGUAAAAGCACACCCUAUGCUUGCCGGCCUCUCAGUUUUAAGAGCUGUACUGUAGCAACAGGCAGAUCCCCGGAAACUGUGCAGCAUGAAUGCUGAAGGAAGACAUAGUUUGUUUCCGGCAUUGAGGCCCGAGAAAGGUGCGCUUGGAGAGAAGGCAGAGUGGGGCAAAGAAGCAUUGAGCAAGGGGAUGAGGGGUGGGCCUAGGGGAGCUUUGCAUGGUGAACACCCCCCCCCCCACCUUAGGACACUAUUGCAUAAACCAGCGAUCCUCAACCUCAUCCACUUUUAAGAUAUAGGUAGUCCUUGACUUACAACAGUUCAUUUAGUAACCAAAGUUACAGUGGCACUGAAAUAAGUGAGUUAUGACCGUUUUUCACACCGCAGCAUCUUUGCAGUCAUGCGAUGAAAAUUUGGGCGGUUGGCCACUGGUUCGUAUUUAUGACGGCUGCAGUAUCCCGGGAUCACCUGACUCCCCCUUUUGCGACCUUCUUGAAAAGCAAAGUCAACAGGGAAGCCUGACUCACUUAACAACCACGUUCCUAACGUAACCACUGCGGUGAUUCGUUUAAACCCCCCGUGGAAGCGGUCAAGAAAGGUUGUAAAAUGGGGCAAAACUCACUGGACAAAUGUCUUGCUUAACAAACGGCAAUUUUGGGCUCGAUUGUGGUCAUAAAUCGAGAACUACCUGUGUUGGCCUGCUAGCUGGAGAAUUCUGAGAGUUGAAUUUCAUGCGUAGAAGAUGGUGAUAACACAGCAGCAAGGCUGGGAGGGAAUUUGACCCCAGUCCGUGUGGUGCCAAUGCAGCGGUGAUAAUCCUGAGCUCAUUUGGCAACAGUCGAAUAAGAAAAUGUCUUCAGGUGGAGCUCCAUAACAGGCAAUUUGUCUUGUGAAUCAUAGAACUGGCUGAGGUUUCUGGUUCAGUAUCUGUAGUUCAAAGGGCGGUGAUUAAUUCCACUGCUUCACCUUUUUUUUUUGAAAAGCUCCUUUGUAAAUCAAAAGAUUGGGGCAGAAAAUGUGAACUUCAGAAUAAUCAAUCUCUCCUUGGCUACCAAAAUAGGUGCGACCUUUCCCCGUUCAGUUGCACAGAUGCAGAUAUGAAUGUCUAGAUCCGAGAUGGCGAACCUAUGGCAUGCGCAGCCAUUUUUAAGGGCAUGCAAAGCGUUGCCCUAUCAGCUCCAGCGUGCUGGCCAGCUGAUAUUCAUCCUUAAUUUUUGGCCAUUUUUCGCCCUCCGGAGGCUUCCCUCCGGAGGGCAAAACUUCUGGUAACGGGAACGAACUGCCUGUUUGCGCGUUGGGCUGUUCUUCGCCCUCCAGAGUCUUCAAGGAAGUCUCCGUAGAGUGAAAAACCACCCAACGCGCAAACCGGAAGUUA